AUGAAAUCUCCUUCCAACCACAUCCAAACACCUCCAACGCCUUUUCUGCAUGCCCAAGAGCCCGAAAAACGUGUCGAUCCCUCAUUAUCCCCGGAUCGAAGACGAUCAAUGAAGUCUUGUCAUACUGGAUAUCCAGUCGUACGGCCCCAGCCCUUGCAGAUGAGGUCCGAUAUCUCGAUCGGCCGCUGUAUUAACUCUGCGCCGUCCAUUGAACUUUGCGCCUUGCCUCCACCUAACCAAGGGCCUAUGAAUCGACGUGAGGGCAAUUCUACAAAGAGACCCCUCACACGAGUGUUUGCUCCUACUGACUCUCAACGUCGUGUUCGACACCCCUCCUCCGUUGUUCCAUCUCGCUCCGCAUUUUCGGAGCGACACUUUGUAAGCCCGAACUGUCGAGUCUUCAAUCUUUUGAAUCGAAUCAACGAUAUUUUCCGGCCCUCCAACUUCCUUCCUUCGUCGAGGACACAGAUUAUGUGUGUUCUAUGUUCGAAGCAAGGCAAGAAGACGAGUGGCUAA